AUGUCGCGACAAGCACAAGUCGAAGAAGUCUACGACUCCGACCCCGAAGAGGUCGCACCCUCCUCCGACGAUGAGCUACCUCCCCCCCUCACAGACCAAUCCAUCCUCUCCGGUGCUGGUGUCCCCCCACCCGGAGGCUCAGCUUCGAUCCCAAUGAGACCUGCCCCCGAGCCGCAGCGCGAAAUCCCCAGACACUACCAGUGCUUGUACCCCGUGUACUUCGACAAGACCCGGUCGCGGGCAGAAGGCCGUAAGGUCGGAGCUGAGUUGGCGGUUGAAAACCCGUUGGCGAGGGACAUUGUGGAUGCUGCGCAGAUGCUGGGGUUGCAGGUAGGGUUUGAGCCGGAGAAGUUACAUCCUAAGGAUUGGGCGAAUCCGGGACGGGUGCGGGUGUUGUUGAAGAAUGAGGGUGGGAAGUUGGCGAAUCCCAAGAUUAAGAACAAACACCACCUCUAUAUCCUCGUCGCGCAAUACCUCAAAGCCAACCCCACCACUGAGCAAUCACCCUACCGCUUGAGAAUCAGAGGUCUCCCCACUCCCGAGAAACUCCCCGCUGCUCCCCAAGCCCCCAGAGGUUGGAAAAUCGGCAAGAUCCUCCCCAUACACUCUCCCGCAUACAGUGGCGGCGGCGUUAGCGACAACCCUCUCAAGGACGCUAUGGCGGAGAUGCAGAACUUGCAGGGUAUGCCUGGGAUGCCGCAGAUUCCAGGAAUGCCGGACAUGUCGGCAAUGAUGGGCGGCGAGCCGUCGUUACUGCAUGGUAGCGAGAACACUAUGGACCAAAGCCCGACAGACAGUUACGCCGAUUCCGGGCUUUGGAAUCGUGAGCAGAAACCUUCUUUUCGGGAGGGUUCCACAACAGCGACUACGGGCAAAAGUAAAGGAGGAGCGUCGGUAGGUGGUGGUCGGCAGAUCACGCGCAAUCGCGCCAGUUAUAGCUGCCACAGUUGUCGGCGGCGGAAGGUGAAGUGUGAUAAGGUCCAUCCAGUAUGCGGGAAUUGCGCGAAGAACGGAAGCGAAUGCGUAUACGAUGCCGCGCCCCAGAGAGAGACUGGAUCGCGCGCGGGACAAGCAAAGGGUGGUGGACAUGGAGUCAAACGGAGAAGGGAGACAUCGUGGCCAUUUGAGGAGGACGUCGACGAGAUACAAUCGAUAUAUGGCGAUUUACGGCAGGCUGGGUCGCCUGAACAGAAGCCCGGAUCGCAGGCGAUUGAGGCGCGACUGGCCAAACUUACGUCGAUGAUCGAACGUCUUAGCAAAUCCAACCAGCCGCUCGAUGCUACGGAGAGACAGCUCUUAGCGCAGGAUGUCAAUUUUGAGACUGCGCCGGGGCAUACUCGACAAAGUAGCGGACAGACGAAGCCGACUACGGUUUCUCGCCCUGCUAGCCCGCGUCGCGUGACUGAUUCGAGUAAUGAUGAAUUUCCGAUUCCCUCCGGACAUGCGACAGAUCUGGUCGAUCCUGUGGGUAGCUUGAACCUGGGGCAUCUGAGUCUCGAGGAUGGAGGGAAAUCGAGAUACGUCGGCACUACUUAUUGGGCUUAUAUAUCGCAGGAAAUCACCGAUCUCAAUCAGUUGCUGAGAGACCAGAACCGCUCACAUCCAAUUUCUGCCAACGACAGCUGGACUGACGAACCAAUGGCGGAUUCAACAGCCAAGACUCCAGGAGAUACAUGGAAGGCAUCUGACGGGUCUAGCGGACCAAGUGACCGAUUAUCCAGCGGAGAUACGCCCCAGAAACUGUUUCUUUCUGGAGAAUCUCCGGAUGUGAAGGAGAAAUUAGUGGAGCCGGAAAUGCUCGAGCGCAUGCCAACCAAACGACAGAGUCAUAUCUUAUACAAGGGAUUUAUGUCGGGUGUACAUGCUAUCAGUCCGGUUAUUCAUCCGCCUACGAUUUUGAAUUUAUACAAUGCCUUCUGGGAUUGGUAUGAUUAUAGCAGUUACUCGGGGGAGCCAUGCCCGGAUCCGCCGUUUAUCCCGUUGUUAUAUGCCAUUUGGUAUGGUGGUUCAGUCACCGUGUCGAUGCGAACUCUCCAGGCCGAGUUCAACGUCAACUCUCGAUCCGCGCUCUCGAAAACAUUCAACGAGGAGGUGACACGGUGGCUAACUAAAAUAUCCUUCCCACGAAGUACCUCACUACAAGGCCUGGCAGCAUACCUUCUAGUCCAAACCAUUCUCUCCAAAGAAGAAGAGCCCUUAACCAGCAGUCUAUUCAUCAGUCUUGCCAUGCGUGUAGCGCAAACAAUGGGCCUGCACCGCGACCCCGCCAAAUUCGGAAUCGAGCCCUGUGAAGCCGAAUAUCGCCGUCGAUUAUGGUGGCACAUCGUGCACAUGGACGGUGUCGUCGCGAUGUCUAGUGGGUUACCUCCGCUGGUUAGUGAUGAGAAUUACUGGGAUGUACGAGACCCCAGUGAGCUUAAGGACACGCUUUUGGGUACGCCUGAGGCGGAACAAUAUGAGCAGCUUGUGUCUGCCAAUCUGCGGUUACGGGAUAAUCCUGAUGAGCCGACGGUUUGUGGUGGACCGUCUUUGGUGAAUGUCUACUAUUUGUCUGCCAGGGGGAAAUACGUUAUGGCGCGGGCUGUUCGCCGGAUUUUGAAGAUCCAGCUCGGAACCAAACCAGUCAUGAGACGGGACAUGGAAGAUCUCAGGUCCAUCCUCCUCGACCUUCAGCUCCAGCUGAAUUCGAUCGUCAACAGAAUUCCGGACGUUAUGAGUCUGGAGACCACUUCUGUAUCUGUCGAUUCACCGUCUUACUCCACACAGUCUCCGGUUGAAGUGAGAACCACUGAUACUGAGCUUCCGGGUGAAGGGCCAAAUCGGUGUCCGGAGCAGUACCAUUCUCCUGUUCUUGUUGCUUUUCAUAAAUGGGCUAGGAUAUUGCUGUCGUUGUUCAUUGAUAAGGCAUUCUGCGUCGCAUACCAACCAUUCCUCAAAAACGCCAGAAGCCGUAUCUGGCCAUCAGCACGACAAAGCGCCCUCCGCCACUGCCACGGCUUCAUGGAAAAAUUCAUCUCCCUCGCGAGCGACCCCGACUUCCAACCCUUCCAAUGGAGCUGGCCCGGCAACCACCAACCCAUGCACGCAACCAUGAUCAUGCUCAUCGACCUCUACGAACGUCCCCACAGCCAAGAAGCAUUCAAAUCCCGCGCCCUCAUCGAUAGAAUAUUCUCCCUCUCCGGACCCGACGGCGGCGUCGUCGGUGGUGAAGAUGGCGUCUCGACACAACGACCCUUGAAAGACGGCGGCCGCGAAGCAUGGGAUAUGAUCCGGCGUCUGCGCCAGAAAGCAUGGCAGAAGGCCGGUCUUAACCCACAACGGCUCUGGACAGAGCAUGCGCAGAUCCAGGCGGGUGUUGUCCCUGGUCCGGAUGAGUACUCGUGUUUCGCUGAUUCGAGACGAGUGCCGGUGGACCGGCAGUUAUCGGAUUUCUCAAAGACGUUCUAUAAUAUGACGCGGAAUCAUAUGCUUCCGAAUCCUGUAUCGAAUGUUAGACCUAGUCCGCUGCGUUAUCAGCUUCCUCCUCCGAUACCGAGUUCUCUCCCGACUACGCCGCAGAUGAUUCCUCCGACGCCGACUCCGCAGUUUCCUCAUUCUCCUGGUGCGGGUGCACCACCACCGGCUACUCGUUCUCUCGAUGCGACUCUAGCCGGAUCCACCGUGUCCUCUCCCGAAAGUCUCCCGCCACUAAGUACCAUCCCGUUGACACCACCGCAACAACCGCAAUUACAACCACAACCUCAACCUCAAACCCCCACCGGGGUAACAACCACAACAACCACAACAACAACAACACCACCAAACGGCUUCCCCUUCAUAGACACCCUCCCCAUCUCCCCAAGCGCACAAUCAAUAUCCAUGCCUACUGCAGUCCCCACACCCCCGUCAAUGGUCGAUCCGAACCUGAACAAUUUCGACUGGGACCAGUGGGACGCGGUGUUUGGACAGCAUUUGCCUGUUGCGGAUGAGUUGAUGGAGUUGGAUCCGGUUGUGGGGUUUGAGUUUGCGGAUAUGGGGAGUGCGGGUGCGGGUGCGAGUGGGUUCUGA